AUGAUGGAAUUGGCGAAACGUUUACUGAUCGAGGCUGGUGGUAGUCAAAAUACAGUGAUCUUCAAUGCAUCGCAAAAUAUUGCUGGUCAGAAUAACGCUCAGCACAACGGUCCUCAUCGACAGUUGCAUAUUUGCUCAUUUUUGAUCGGUCUUUAUGCGCUUGGAUUGAAUAAUUUGGUAUCAACAAGUUGGCAGACUCGCACGUACAGUACGAAUGUUAGCUGGAUACAUGGACAAGCGAUUGAAAUUGGUAAUCUUCCUUUUUUCAUCUCUCUGAAAGGUUACACAGCCAUCAAGAUCGUUGAACGCGUUUGGGAGUCACAUCUCACCCCAACAGAAGUUGCGGCACUUGCUGAUAAGGCAAGUCAGAGUCGUGAUCCAGGUAUGGUUGAGGCAGCAGCUAAGUUAGCACUUAGCGUGCUUCCGAAAGCAUAUGCGCUGACGGCAGCCGAAAGUCAAAAGGCAUUGCAUCAGUGCAAAGAGCAAAGUUCUGAAAUGCUCGAGAAGGCAUGCAAAGCUGUCGAGCAAGUUGGUGAUCUUGAAGCGGCUGAGAAGGAUGGUGUUUAUCCGGAAGUAUUGUUCAAAGUUGCCCGUCAUUGGUAUGAGUUAUUCUGUGAAAGUGAAACAAAUGCUCAGCAACAACCAGUCACCACAGCGAAUUCCCUCACAAAUACGCCUCUACAAUCUCAAUCGCCUGUUGCACAAUUCCCACCAAAUAUCACUCAAACGCAAUCUGGCGGUGAAACGCUACCUCCACAAUUACAUCAGGUUUUUUAUCCUACGAACGGUACUAUGCUGCAGAUACCGCAGAUGCAGUUCACUCAACUUUCGCUUGCCCAGCAACUUCCCUUCCAACAAGCAUCCUAUUAUCGUUUUCCACCUCAACAUCCCUCAGCCACUCAACAUCCGUCUGCGUUGUCUCAUCGAUCCGCAUCUCUUUUCAUGCAACCGAUCAACACCGCUCAACAGCAACAACAACAACAACAACAACAACUUAUCAUGCCUUAUGGACCACGGUACUUCAUUUACUGA